AUGGCCGAGCCAGUUCGCGACCAGCGCCGCAGCUACAAGACACCUACCGUCCCCAGCACCUUAUCUAUGGCUUCUUCUCCUCCAUCGUCUCCGACGGUCCGGGCGUUGCCUUCCCCGGCACCGUCUGCCCCUCGCUCGUCGUCCCCACUGCACGGACCGGCCCCCGCGCACGACGUCAUUGACGUCGAUGAUCCGGUGACGAGCUCUCCCCCGCUGCACUCGGCAUCCAGUGAGUCUUCGACCAGCCAAGCUCCACCGGCACCGUCCAGUUCGGCCCUCUCCAACCGCUCAGCACUCAUAUCGCCCAGCCCGUCCAUUACCUCCAACUCAGUGCCUUCGGAUCCGUCGUCCACCGCCAGCGCAGCCCCGUCCCGUGCCAGCUCGCGACUGGCGGAGCUUAAACGGACCGCCGCCGAACUUGCCGACGUCCGGCGCCAAAAGAGAAGGCUCGUCGUGAACAAGGAGGCCGCGGUAGCGGCUGUCGCUCGUGCAGACGCUAUUCCACUCGGUUCUCGCGCCACCCCUCUGCCCCAGCCGCCGGCCUCGGCGUCGGCCAUCAUGACUCCGUCAUCGGCAAGCACAGCAUCCCCAUCCGCUGAGGCUGCGACCGCCCAGAAUCCAGCAACCACGACGCGCACCAAGCCUCCGAAGACCCCGAAGAAGACCAAGAAGCCUACGACACCCAAGUCCAAGACGUCAUCCAAGACCAAGAAGGUGGCGGCAUCCCCAGCAUUGCCCCCAAUGAGCGCCAACCGGCCACAACGCCUACAGCACCUGCAGCACCAUCGUCAACCCCCCCUUGAAGCCGCGGCACCGGCCUCGACUCCCAACUCCGCUUCCGAGCUCUCGAUGGCGACCCCCAUCGGGGAUGCCCAGCCACGUCCCGUGAGCUCGCCGUCCAUUAGACACACGUCGUCCCCACACCACUCGUCUGUACCGGAGCACCCUCAGCCUGCCAUACGCGCCGCCGGUCCCAACCCAUCGCGAGCAACCCAGUUAACGCGGGCACCUCGGACACAGCAAACGUUGGCACGGACUCCAGCACCAGUGCAGUCAGCCCGUUCUCCAUACACGGGCGAGCUGGAGAGCUCUGAGGAGGACGACUGCUACUCCACUCAGCCAGCGGCGCCCUCACCCCAGGCCCCGCCGACGCAUCACGACGCCACCAGUCCCUCCAUCGGCAUCGGACACCCGAGUGCCCGCGUGAGCUUGACGUACGCGCGCGCCUGGUCGCCCACGCCCGCACCUUCCCCCUUGUCCUCUGACUUGGCAAGCUUUUUCAGCCAGUUCCAGGCCGGCGCACCCGACGGUCACUCCACUUCCGCCCCAGCUCCCUGA